AUGGCUGGGGGCACGCGAGCCGGGGGGCGAGGUGGCGCCGGCUCCCGCGACCGCGAGGCGGAGGGGCUGGAGGGCACCGCGGCGCUCGGCCCUUCCCCGCAGCCCGACCCGGGUCAAGUGCGCCCGGGGCAGCUCGCGGCUGGAGCACCCGGAACCGCGCAGAGUCGGCCCCGCUUGCGCCGCGCCCCCCGCCCAGCCAGCCAGCCUCGGGAGGCGUUCCGGGGACCCGGCUCCACCUGCCGCUCCCCGGCAACACCCGGAGACCCCCUAAUUGGCUACGGGCGCUCCCCGGCUCCGCCCGUCGCCGCAGGGCACUCUGGAAACUGUAGUCCCCCGCGCGCCGCAAGCCCGCAAGCAACCGACUAG